AUGGCAAAGAAAAAAGGCGAUGAGAAAGUGAAUCAAACUCCUCAAAGUGAUAAUGAGGAGCAAAAUUUUGACGAAGAGCCAAAUUUUGAAGAUCCGGAAGGAUUCGUUGACGACAUUACAGAUGAGGAAUUGUUGGCAGACCUCUUAGAACAGAAACCGAAGGAAUCUGAUGGUUACGAAAAUGUAAUCGUUGUAGACGGAUGCCCGCAGGUCGGGCCUGAACGUUUAGAGAAGCUCCAGAGCGUAAUAAACAAAAUCUUUAGUAAAUUCGGUAAAAUUGUCAACGAGUAUUAUCCUACUACCGAGACCGGAGUCACUACGGGCUACAUUUUCUUAGAAUACAGUAACCCUCAGAACGCCGCCGAGGCUGUCCAAGCCACUAAUAAUUGUAAAUUAGAUAAGCAGCACACAUUUUUAGUAAACUUGUUUACUGAUUUUAAAAAAUAUUCUGACAUACCUAAAGAAUGGGAACCACCAGCACCCCAACCAUUCAAGGUGCAAUCAGACCUUCAAUGGUAUCUCAUGGAUCCUGAUGCAUAUGAUCAGUUCCUCGUGGGUAUUGGUACAGGUGUUGCUCUCCAAGUAUGGCAGAAUACUCUACCUGAGCCUGUUUUGUUGCAAGAGAGACCGAAUUGGACUGAAACUUACGCUGUGUGGUCUCCUCUUGGUACAUAUUUGGCAACUUUCCACUGGAGAGGUGUGGCCCUAUGGGCUGGACCUAAGUUCAGUCAGUUCCAGAAAUUCUACCAUCCUGAAGCUAGAUUCAUUUCUUUCUCGCCGUGUGAAAAUUAUAUUGUUACUUUCUCACCUAACAGUGAUAGGGGUGAUGAUAAGAAACUCAUUAUAUGGGAUAUCAGAACAGGGCAAGAAAAACGUAGUUUUCCACCACCCGAUGAAUAUGUGACGUGGCCAAUUUUCCGUUGGAGUAAGGACGACCGCUUCUUCGCAAGACUAGGCGUUGACGUGCUCUCUGUAUACGAGACCCCUAGUUUUGGUCUGCUUGAUAAGAAAUCUAUUAAAAUACCUGGAAUUAGGGACUUCUGCUGGUCGCCCUCUGACAAUGUCCUAGCAUAUUGGGUGGCCGAAGAUAAAGAUGUACCAGCCAGAGUAACACUAUUAGAAAUACCCAACCGUACUGAGACCCGUUCUAAAAAUCUGUUCUCAGUCGCCGACUGUAAAAUACACUGGCAAAAGAGUGGUGACUACUUGUGUGUCAAAGUAGACCGUUACUCAAAAGUAAAGAAAGAUAAAAAUGAGAUCAAAUAUUCUGGAAUGUACUACAACUUUGAAAUAUUCCACAUGAGAGAGAAGGAGAUUCCGGUUGAUUCUGUUGAAAUAAAGGAGCCGAUCCAAGCCUUUGCUUGGGAACCGAUCGGUUCUAAAUUUGCCAUUAUACAUGGUGAUGCGGCAAAUAUAUGUAUUAGUUUCUACCAAGUGAAUACCGGUCAAGCACCUACUUUGCUGAAGAAGUUCGAUAGGACCUUCAACCAUCUGUUCUGGUCUCCGAUGGGUCAGUUCAUUGUUCUGGCCAAUUUCGGUCUGACGGGUGGUGCCUUGGCCUUUGUUGAUACAAACGACUUUACCAUUAUGAAUAUCUCUGAUCAUUACCAGAUGUCAGGCAUUGAAUGGGACCCAACUGGUCGCUAUGUGGUGACAGGAGUGUCUUCUCUCAAGUGCAAGAUGGAUUGUGGAUAUUUUUUGUGGUCAUUCCAAGGCAAAAUCUUGAGAAGAGUAAUGAAAGAAGGCUUCGCACAAUUCUUAUGGAGACCGCGUCCGCCCACACUCCUCUCUGAGAAGCAACAGAAAGAGAUCAAGAAGAACCUUAAGAAAUACUACUCGCAAUUCGAGUCUAAAGACCGUAUGCGUAGCAGCAAGGCCAGCAAGGAAUUGGUGGCGAAGCGCACGGAGCAAAUGAAGAAGUACGUGGAGUACCGCGAGCAGAAGACGCGCGAGUGGGCCGAGCAGAAGCCGCGCCGUCUGGAGCUGCGGGAUUAUGUAGAUACGGAUGGUCUCGACACCGACCAAACGAACACAGUGGAAGAAGUUGUAGAAUUCUUUGUUAAAGAGGAACAGUCGAUCAUCGAG